AUGUCUGGACGUGGUAAAGGCGGUAAAGGAUUGGGCAAAGGUGGUGCAAAGCGUCAUCGUAAAGUACUUCGUGACAACAUCCAGGGCAUUACCAAGCCUGCUAUUCGUCGUCUUGCACGUCGUGGUGGUGUAAAACGUAUUUCCGGACUCAUUUAUGAAGAAACACGCGGUGUAUUGAAGGUAUUUCUCGAGAAUGUUAUCCGUGACUCUGUUACCUAUACGGAGCAUGCUCGUCGUAAAACUGUGACGGCCAUGGACGUUGUGUACGCUCUAAAGCGCCAGGGACGUACUCUAUACGGUUUUGGAGGAUAA